GCGGCGAGCAUCGCGGAGCAGGACGCGGCCCGACGCAGCCGACGCCGACAUGGAGCACCUGAAGGCCCUCGAUGACCAAGUCAAUGCUUUUUUGGACAAUAUGUUUGGGCCUCGAGACGCGCGUGUCCGGGGCUGGCUGCUGCUGGACUCCUACCUGCCCACCUUCUCCCUGACCGUCCUCUACCUGCUGUCCAUCUGGCUGGGCACCAAGUACAUGAAGCACAGGCCCGCGCUGUCCCUCAGGGGCGCCCUGACCGUGUACAACCUGGGCGUCACGCUGCUGUCCGCCUACAUGCUGGCCGAGCUCAUCCUGUCCAGCUGGGAGGGUGGCUACAACCUCCAGUGCCAGGACCUGGCCAGCGCAGGGGACGCCGACAUCCGGGUGGCCAAAGUGCUGUGGUGGUACUACUUCUCCAAGUCCAUCGAGUUCCUGGACACCAUCUUCUUCGUGCUGCGCAAAAAAACCAGCCAGAUCACCUUCCUGCAUGUCUACCACCACGCCUCCAUGUUCAACAUCUGGUGGUGCGUCCUCAACUGGAUCCCGUGCGGGCAGAGCUUCUUCGGGCCCACGCUGAACAGCUUCAUCCACAUCCUGAUGUACUCCUACUACGGGCUGUCCGUGUUCCCGUCCAUGCACAAGUACCUCUGGUGGAAGAAGUACCUCACGCAGGCCCAGCUGGUGCAGUUCCUGCUGACCAUCACCCACACGCUGAGCGCCGUGGUGCGGCCCUGCGGCUUCCCCCACGGCUGCCUGCUCUUCCAGUCGUCCUACAUGCUCACCCUGGUCGUCCUGUUCCUCAAUUUCUAUGUCCAGACGUACCGGAAGACGCCGGCGGGGAGAGGUGCGGGCGAGCCCCCCGCGGGCAAGGAGGCCACGAACGGCUUCGCCAGGGCCCCCGGCGCGGCGGCCAACGGCGUGGCGGACAAGAAGGCCCAGUGAGCGCGGCGGGACGGCCGGCCCAGCC